CGAAUUGAUAGGUGGUCGCGUUUUGUUUGGCCGAGUGGAUCUGCGCAAGAGAGCCCAGGAGCGUUGCGUUCCCUUCUCUUAAAGGAUUAGAACUUGCGAUGGCCACCAAAAGACUGCGGAAGAACCGCUGCUCUGGCGACACACAGCUGGUGCCUCGGAUAAGUGCGCAUGGAAGUUCCACAGGGCAUUGACCUCUGAAAUUAGUAGCCUACGAUUGGAAACUCCCUCCGCUAUCUUUUGGACACUUUGAGUUGUAGGGUAAAUGAGACUUAAUUAUUUUCAAGUGCAUGCUGGACCUGUGAGGCGUUAAUCACAAAUCUCUUUUACGACUCCUGCAUCUACUUUGGUCGCUCGUUGUGAUUUCAGUUCGAGAAAAUUACGCAGAGAUGACAACUGAAACCGCGCAGCAGCAGCUGGACCCGGCGCCUCUGCGAUCCAGCCCAGCAUCCGGUGCUAUGCAUUCCGCGCUGCAGAACGCACAGACCGUACUGGAUGCCGCGGGAUCAUCGACCACCACUAAGGGCAAGAAAGCAAACUCAGGCAUGAGGCGCCCCGAAAAACCGCCGUACUCUUAUAUCGCCCUAAUUGUUAUGGCCAUUCAGAGUUCUCCUACAAAGAGGUUAACUCUGAGUGAGAUCUACCAAUUUCUCCAGGCCCGGUUCCCUUUCUUCCGGGGGUCCUACCAGGGUUGGAAGAAUUCAGUUAGACACAAUCUCUCGCUGAACGAAUGCUUCAUUAAGUUGCCGAAGGGCCUUGGAAGACCAGGCAAAGGACAUUACUGGACAAUAGACCCUGGCAGCGAGUUCAUGUUUGAGGAAGGGUCUUUUCGCCGUAGACCGCGAGGAUUUCGUAGGAAAUGUCAAGCCCUGAAACCAAUGUACCGGAUGAUGAACGGCAUCGGCUUCGGCACAUCCAUGCUGCCUCAGAACUUUGAUUUCCAGUCACCCUCUGCAUCUUUGGCCUGCCACGCCAAUGGUUACAAUCUGGACAUGAUGACUAACGCUGGUGUGCCAGGGGGAUACGAUGGGUUGAGUGCGGGCCACCAUGUGCCUCACAUGUCGCCCAGUCCGGGAUCCACCUACAUGGCGGCUUGUCAAGUGACGUCUAACGGUGACUAUGGUCCCGAUAGCAGCAGCAGUCCCCUACAUUCACCCCCUGCGAUGGGCAGCUCACUGGAGUGUCACUCUCCGUAUGCAACGUCGGCGCACUGGGCCUCAUCCAGUGUGUCACCCUACAUCAAGCAGCAACCACUCGCUUCUAACAGCCCGACAUCCUCUGGUUUACAUUCGAGUAUGUCUCCGUAUUCCAUUGAGCAGAGCUACCUUCACCACAACGGCAGGGACUCCUCUGAUAUUUCAGUGGGAAUACCUCGAUAUCAAAGUCACUCUUCACCAGUAUGUGACAGGAAAGAUUUUGUGUUGAACUUUAAUGGGAUCACAUCUUUCCAUCCUACUGCUAGUGGAUCUUACUACCACCAACUGCAUCAUCAUCAUCAAGGUGUGUGUCAAGAUGUCAAGCCGUGCGUAAUGUAACCGCCGACGCCCGACUCAAAUGCCAAAACUAUGUUGACCAUGGACACUGGACAGCAUGUAGGCCUAUUUCUCGUAAGUUAAAGCCAAUCAGUGUUAAAAACAAAGGAAGACCAAUUUCUCCUGUGAUACCGUAGAGCAUCCAAAGGAAAAUGACUUUAUCCGGGGUGAAAGGUUACCAUGUAAGGGAGGGGAAUGAUAGGGCUUCACUUUUGUUUCUGUCAUGGAUAUAUCAGGACUUUUACUCAUUCACAUACAAGCAACAACACAAAACAAACAAGCGACAUGUGCACAAUCAAAUCACACCACAAAUGCCUAUAAAAUGAUUGUAUUCUCAGGUCAUUUAUGCAACGACCUGCCUUAAUGUCAAAUGAAGUCAGUAACCAUCGUGUCAGUUUUAUAUCAAUGUUUCUUUUAUUUCUAUAACAAACUACACACAGUUUUGAUGAUUUAAUAACUGCACUUAUGUUAGAUUUCAA